AUGACCAUUCUUUCUUUUUCAUAUUUCUCUCUCUCUCUCUCCCCAUAUUUUCUUUGUGUUGUUCUUUAUUCUUUUUCCAUUUUUGCUUUAUUCUCUCUCUUUUUUUUGGGUUUUUUUUUUCAUUUUUGCAUUAUUCUCUCUUUUUUUUUCCAUUUUUGCUUUAUUCUCUGUUUUUUCCAUUUUUGCUUUAUUCUCUUUUUUUCCAUUUUUGCUUUAUUCUCUGUUUUUUCCAUUUUGCUUUAUUCUCUGUUUUUCCAUUUUGCUUUAUUCUCUGUUUUUCCAUUUUUGCUUUAUUCUCUGUUUUUUCCAUUUUUGCUUUAUUCUCUGUUUUUUUCCAUUUUUGCUUUAUUCUCUGUUUUUUCCAUUUUUGCUUUAUUCUCUUUUUUUCCAUUUUUUGCUUUAUUCUCUGUUUUUUUUUUUUGCAUUUUUCUCUUUUUUUUUUGCUUUAUUCUCUUUUUUUCCAUUUUUGCUUUAUUCUCUUUUUUUUUCCAUUUUUGCUUUAUUCUCUUUUUUUUUUCCAUUUUUUGCUUUAUUCUCUGUUUUUUUCCAUUUUUGCUUUAUUCUCUGUUUUUUCCAUUUUUGCUUUAUUCUCUGUUUUUUCCAUUUUUUUUAUUCUCUUUUUUUCCAUUUUUGCUUUAUUCUCUGUUUUUUCCAUUUUUGCUUUAUUCUCUGUUUUUUCCAUUUUUGCUUUAUUCUCUGUUUUUUCCAUUUUUGCUUUAUUCUCUGUUUUUUCCAUUUUUGCUUUAUUCUCUGUUUUUUCCAUUUUUGCUUUAUUCUCUGUUUUUUCCAUUUUUGCUUUUUUUUUUUUUUCCAUUUUUUUGCUUUAUUCUCUGUUUUUUUUUCCAUUUUUUGCUUUAUUCUCUGUUUUUUCCAUUUUUGCUUUUUUCUGUUUUUUUUCCAUUUUUGCUUUAUUCUCUUUUUUUUUUUUUUUCUUUUUUCCAUUUUUGCUUUAUUCUCUGUUUUUUUUUCCAUUUUGCUUUAUUCUCUUUUUUUUUUUCCAUUUUUGCUUUAUUCUCUCUUUUUUUUUUUUCCAUUUUUGCUUUAUUCUCUUUUUUUUUUUUUCCAUUUUUGCUUUAUUCUCUCUUUUUUUUUUCCAUUUUUGCUUUAUUCUCUUUUUUUUUUUUUUCCAUUUUUGCUUUAUUCUCUCUUUUUUUUUUUUUUUACCAUUUUUGCUUUAUUUAUUGA